AUGAGAGCACCUUACCACACGUCUCACAUCACUGAGACACUACGUCUUCACCGAGAGCACUUACCACGUCCAUCACGAGACCUUACCACACGUCCCACAUCACCGAGAGCACCUACGUCUACAUCACCGAGAGCACCUUACCACGUCUUACCCAGCUCGUCUUACAUCACCGAGAGCACCACACCUUACCACACCACCUUACCACACGUCUCACAUCACCGAGACACCACCACACGUCUCAUAUCGAGAGCACCUUACACGUCUCACAUCACCGAGAGCACUCACCACACGUCUACAUCACCGAGAGCACCUUACCACACGUCCUACAUCACCGAGCGUACAUCACCACGUCUCAUCGAGGCACUCACCAACGCAUCACAUCACGAGCCUCAUCACCGAGAGACUUACCACACGUCUCACAUCACCGAGAGCACUCAUCACCCGGCACUUCACACGUCUUACAUCACCGAGACACCUUACCACACGUCUUACACCGAGAGCACUCACCACACGUCCCCACGAGAGCACCACACGUCUUACAUCACCGAGACACGUCCCACAUCACCGAGAGCACCUCACACGUCUUAUCAUCGAGCACCUACCACGUCACAUCACAGAGCACUACACGUCUCUAAUCACCGAGAGCACUCACGUCUUCAUCACCGAGACACCACACGUCUUACAUCACCGAGAGCACUCACACGUCUUACAUCACCGAGCACCUUCACUCACCACGUCUAUCAGCACCUACGUCCACAUCACCGAGCACCUACCGUCUUACAUCACCGAGAGCACCCACGUCCAUCACCGAGAGCACCUACACACGUCCAUCACCGAGAGCCCAACACGUCCAUCACCGAGAGCACCACUACACGUCUCACAUCACCGAGAGCACUACCACACAGCACCUUACCACCGUCUUACAUCACCGAGCACCUUACCACGUCUUACAUCACCGAGCACCUUUACGUCUUACAUCACCGAGCACCUUACACGUCUCGUCGCCGGGCACACCACCGUCUCUCACCGAGCACCUUACCACACGUCUCCACAUCACCGAGACGCAACCACCGUCUUCACAUCACCGAGACACCUUACACUCUACAUCACGGCACUUCCACUCCCGAGCCCCUUACCACACGUCUCAUCACCGAGAGCCACCUUACCACCGUCUUACAUCACCGAGCACCUUCCACCGUCUUACAUCACCGAGAGCACCUACCACACGUCUCCAUCACCGAGCACCUUACCGUCUCUCACAUCCGAGGCACUACCACGUCUUCAUCACCGGCCACCGUCUCACAUCACCGAACACCUUACCACGUCUUCAUCACCGAGCACCUUACCGUCUUACAUCACCGAGCACCUACUUCUUACCGCACGUCUUACAUCACCGAGGCACCUUACCCGUCUUCAUCACAAAGAGCACCUUACCACACGUCUCACAUCACCGAGAGCACCACCGUCUUACAUCACGAGACACCUACCACGUCUCUCACCGAGGCACCUUACCACGUCUCACAUCACCGAGAACGCAACCACCACACGUCUUACAUCACCGAGCACCUUACCCGUCUUACAUCACCGAGCACCCUUACCACGUCUUACAUCACCGAAGCACCUUACCACGUUACAUCACCGAGCACCUUACAUCCCAUCAGAGAGCCCUUACCACGUCUUACAUCACCGAGCACCACCGUCUACAUCCGAGCACCUUACCACCGUCUUACAUCACCGGAGCUACACCUUACCGUCUCACAUCACCGAGCACCUUACCGUCUUCAUCACCGAGCACCUUACCACACGUCUCACAUCACCGAGCACCUUACCACGUCUUCAUCACCGAACCUUACCACGUCUUACAUCACCGAGGCACCUUACCACGUCUUACAUCCCCAGGAGCACCUUACCACGCGUCACAUCACCGAGAGCACCUUACCACGUCUCCCAUCACCGAGCACCUACCCCGUCUUACAUCACCGAGCACCUUACCACCGUCUUACAUCACAGAGCACCUUACCACCGUCUACAUCACCGAGCACCUUACCACACGUCUUACAUCACCGAGGCACCUUACGUCUUCAUCACCGAGCACCCACGUCUUACAUCACCGAGACACCUUACCACCGUCUUACAUCACCGAGACACCUUCCACACGUCUUCAUCACCGAGACACCUUACCACGUCUCCCAUCACCGAGAGCAUACCACCGUCUUCAUCCCGAGGCACCUUCCACGUCUUCAUCACCGAGGCAUACGUCUUAGAGACCCACGUCUUACAUCACCGAGCACCGUCUUUCACGAGCACCUUACCGUCACAUCACCGCUUCACGUCUCAACCACCCUUACCACGUCUUACAUCACCGACACCUUACCACGUCUUACAUCACCAGGCACCUUACCACGUCUCCACAUCACCGAGACACCUUACCACACGUCUUACAUCACCAGCCCUUACCACACGUCUUCCAUCACCGAGCACCUUACCACACGUCUUACAUCACCGAGCACCUUACCACACUCUUACAUCACGAGAGCACCACAC